UUAGAAGUGAUUCAAGGCCGCUUCCAGGCGUUUUUAAAAGGUGAUACUCAAAUAAUGGCCGAUGAAGCAUUUCAAAAUGCUGUUCAAAGUUAUUUCGAAGUGUUUCUCAAAUCGGAAAGGGUCAUGAAAAUGGUACAAUCAGGUGCCUGUUCUCAGCACGAUUUUCGUGAAGUUUUUAGGAACAAUAUUGAAAAACGAGUGAGAUCUCUACCAGAAAUAGACGGACUGAGUAAAGAAACUGUCCUCGCAUCGUGGAUGGCCAAAUUCGAUUGUAUUUUUAAAGUGGGUGACGACGACUCAAAAAGGCCUUCUCGUAUUCAACAACAAACUUUGAAUAGUGAACUGAUUCUCUCGAAAGAGCAACUAUACGAUAUGUUUCAACAAAUUCUCGGCGUCAAGAAAUUCGAACACCAGUUAUUAUUUAAUGCUUUACAGUUGGAUUCAGCGGAUGAGCAAGCGGCAGCAAUUAGGAGAGAAUUGGAUGGACGGAUGCAAAAAGUAGCCGAGAUGGAAAAAAACAGAAAACUAAUGCCAAAAUUUGUAUUGAAAGAAAUGGAAUCGCUGUACAUCGACGAACUGAAGACGUCAAUCAAUCUUCUCAUGGCUAACUUGGAAUCGCUUCCUGUGUCUAAAGGCUCAAUGGAUUCAAAGUAUGGACUACGGUUAAAGCGUUACAAUCACAGCUCUGGAGUGGAUCACAUCUAUAAGAAAAGUAUACACAGGACAUCCAUAGCAGGUACAUUACUUCAAGUAAUGAGCUUGGAAUGUGUCGGAAUUCAGAUGAGAUCUCAAGGAUCCUUAGCAAAGUGCGACGGGGAUUCCGCGGACAACGAUGCUACCUUAUCAAAACUGGAUGUGGUUCUCACCUUUCAACUGGAGGUUCUGGUGACAGAAGUGAAGGGAUUGAAGUCGUUGGCCCCCAACAGGAUAGUUUACUGUACAAUGGAAGUAGAAGGAGGUGAAAAACUUCAGACUGAUCAGGCGGAAGCCUCAAAACCAAUGUGGGAUACGCAAGGUGAUUUCACGACCACCCAUCCUUUACCAGCGGUUAAAGUAAAGUUGUACACAGAAAACCCAGGAAUGUUAGCAUUAGAAGACAAAGAACUAGGAAAAGUAAUUUUGAAGCCUACGCCUCUAUCUUCUAAGGUUCCGGAAUGGCACAAAAUGACUGUUCCAAAAAAUGCUGCCGACCAAGAUUUGAAAAUAAAAAUCGCCUGUAGGAUGGAUAAGCCAUUAAAUAUGAAACAUUGCGGGUAUCUUUAUGCAUUAGGGAAAGCUGUUUGGAAGAAAUGGAAAAAGAGGUACCAUGUAUUAGUUCAAGUUUCGCAAUAUACGUUUGCCAUGUGUAGUUAUAAAGAAAAGAAAUCGGAGCCUUCGGAAAUGAUGCAGUUGGAUGGUUACACUGUCGACUACAUAGAGCCAGCUAGUGCGAACCUUAUGGUGGGAAUGGACUUGGAGGGUGGUAGGUGUUUUUUCAAUGCUGUGAAAGAAGGAGAUAGUAUAUUGCUGGCGUGUGACGACGAGAGUGAAUGCCACUUAUGGGUGAUGGCCAUGUACCGUGCUACUGGUCAGAGUCAUAAACCUACUCCACUCAUAUCACCGGCCAAUAAAAACUCAACUAUAUCGAAAAUACAAGGAGAUGCGGACCGCGCGAGAAAACAUGGUAUGGAAGAGUUUAUUUCGGCAGACCCCUGCAAAUUUGACCACGCCUCAUUGUUCAAAAUGCUGCAAACCCUAACCUUAGAUUAUAGAUUAAAUGAUCCUUAUUGUUCACUGGGCUGGUUCAGUCCGGGCCAGGUGUUUGUCCUGGACGAGUACUGUGCUCGCUACGGCGUCAGAGGCUGCUACCGACAUCUGUGCUACCUCAACGACCUUCUAGAUCGUGCCGAGAAGAACAUUAUGAUAGAUCCCACAUUAAUACACUUUAGUUUUGCCUUUUGUGCCAGCCAUGUUCAUGGGAACAGGCCUGAUGGAGUUGGAACUGUCACCCAUGAAGAAAAAGACAAGUUCCAAGAUAUUAAGGAGAGAUUAAGAGUACUUUUAGAAUUCCAGAUAACAAAUUUUAGGUAUUGUUUUCCUUUUGGAAGGCCUGAAGGUGCUUUAAAAUCAACUCUGUCCUUAUUAGAAAGGGUUCUUAUGAAAGACGUAGUCACACCAGUGCCUCCUGAAGAUGUCCGUGGUAUGAUUAAGAAAUGUUUAGAAACAGCUGCACUUGUAAAUUAUACUAGAUUAUCAGCUGAAGCCAAAAUAGAAGAUGAUCUAAGUGGAGAGGUUGUUGUACCUCCUAGCAAAAAGCUUGAUGACCUCAUCCACCUGGCAGAACUGUGCGUUGACUUGCUUCAACAGAACGAGGAACAUUAUGCCGAGGCUUACAGAUCGGAUAAAGCUUUUGCAUGGUUUAGCGAUCUGCUGGUUGAACAUGCUGAGAUCUUCUGGUCGCUGUUUGCUGUGGACAUGGAUCAAGUGCUUGGCGAUCAGCCUCCUGAUACCUGGGACUCCUUUCCGCUCUUUCAAAUCCUCAACGAUUAUCUUCGAACUGAUGAUAACCUGAAAAAUGGCCGAUUCCAUCAGCAUCUCCGUGAUACUUUUGCACCUCUGGUCGUGCGAUAUGUCGACCUGAUGGAGUCGUCGAUCGCGCAGUCGAUUCACAAGGGAUUCGAGAAAGAGCGCUGGGAGAUCAAGGGUGACGGGUGCGCCACCUCUGAGGAUCUUUUCUGGAAGUUGGAUGCGCUGCAGUCAUUCAUUCGAGAUUUGCAUUGGCCCGAUGCCGAAUUCAGACAACACCUUGAGCAACGCCUUAAGCUGAUGGCCUGUGAUAUGAUUGAGUCCUGUAUUCAAAGGACUGAAAAUGCCUUUCAGCAAUGGUUGAAAAAAGGUGUAACGUUUAUUUCUACAGACUACAUAAUUCCGUCUGAAAUGUGCGCUAUGGUCAAUGUUAUACUGGACGCAAAAAGCAAGUCACUCAAACUGUGUGCAGUGGAUGGGGUGGAUGUUCAUCAGUACCACACAAAGAUUGAUGAUCUGAUCGAGAAAACGUCAGCAAACAUGAGUCAAGGAAUGAUUGGCAAACUGGUCUCGGUUCUAGAAGCUACUUUAUCCAAGUUAUCUCGUUACGAUGAAGGAAGUCUUAUAGGAUCGAUUCUCAGUUUCACGAACGUUUCCGGCUCUGGAAAAGACAUUGGACAAGCGUAUGUGAACUUCACGAGAAAUUGUAUGGAUCAAGUCCGAAGUAAGAUCACUGACGAACUGUGGAUUGUAAACUUUUUCGAGCAAUGGUACACUUGCCAGAUUCAGUUGCUGUGCAACUGGUUGUCCGAAAGACUCGACCACUCGCUACAUGAGUAUCAGUGUACGUGUUUGGCUUUCAUUGUCAAGAAACUGUACUCAGAUUUCGAGCUUCAUGGUGUGAUGGAGGACAAACUCAACUCGAAGACCUACCAGACCGUUUCUCAGAGGAUGCAGACUGAAGAAGCCACCUGUGCCCUGACCAUGAGCACGCGGCGAGAAGAUGAUUCUGAGGGCUACCCAGAGAGCGGCGUGGAUGAAGAUAGCGAACGUGCCAAGCCGAAGGUGACAAUCAGAGAGACCCUGGGCGAGGAUGGAAAUUACGUGGCUAAGAUCAGCAACGUGACAGCCAACGUGGCGGGCAGACUGGGAAACGUGUUCGGCAAAGGAAUCGGCGGGCUCACAAGCAAGUUUGGAGGCGGUAGUUGGUUCUAAGGCUUCCUUAGUGCUUGGUUGUUUGUCUGUCUGUUUGUCUGUUGUUGUUUUCGUUCACUCUAUGCUAUCACCGCCAUUGGUCAUGCCAUUGUAUACUUUGUACUACUCAUUGCUCAGGGGCGUAUUCUAUGAAUAGAAUAGAAAACUUUAUUUUCAAAAAGUACAAACAUUACGAUUUGAAAUACAAAAGGCUAUCAAACUAUUUUCAAUACAGUGAUACUCUCGACAUUUUUAUCCUAUUCAACUUUCACCCCUUCAUUCCCAUCACAUCAAAAAUAGUUAUCAUAUUUCAACUACACGUUACAUUUCAGGGAAAGACAAUAAACAAUAUAAACAUGUUGCCAGAGUGACUGAGUCUGCUACAUGCAUAGAUCACAUAUUUAUCAGAUCAUAUCAUUUUUCCCGUUUUGUUAAAGGAGCUGUAAUUGAAAAAUCAACUACAAUGAAAUGUAACGCUCAGUCAAAAUCAUAUUGAAUCCAGGUCAAAAUAAGUCUGUGGCCUACAAUCUUCGACCAGCCAUUAAUGGCAUGACAAGCCGAAAUCAUCUUACAUCCCGGUUAUCAAAAAUCAUUCCAAAUCAAAAUCAUCUUAGUAUUGUCAUCUUAAAGAUAAUAAGCAUCUUAGUCGCUUGUAUUUCUAUUGAUAUAGUAUGAACGUCUAUUUAUCAAAUUUCAUAUUUUUCAUGUCAUUUUUGGGAGACCAAACUUUUUUCCUAUAUUCAAGUAAGUUGGUAAAAUCUGAUGAAGAUAAUAUAAUUAUCUCGCUGGUGAUAUUUGAGCUGAUAAAGAUACCACUGUGAUUAAUUUAUAUUAUAUAGAUGUGCUGUAAAAAGUAGCUCGGUAUAAAAAGCUAGCUCAUGAUAUUUGCAAGAAUACGCCCCUGGAUUGCCUAUUCGAGCGCAUGACGUAUUGUCACAAAUCUCGGUCAUUUUUUUACGGUAUGUACUUGUAUAUUUUCCAUACUAGUUGUUGAUAAAUUCCGUUAUAAGACGUGAAGCUUUUAUUCAGUAGUCGUAAUAUAACUCAUGCUUCAAAUAACUUGCUAUUUUAUACUAUACCUAACGACAUUCUGGUACCGUUUUGUGAUUGCUUAGCGGAGCGCGUCUGAAUAUUCCCAGACAACUUUGCAUUGAUUGGCUGAGAAAAUAAUACACACUUACACCACAGAUAUAUACAGUGACCCAGUAAAGCCUUGAAUUUUUCUCAAUUACCUAUUUAAAAUACUUUUUGAACUAUUUUGAUUCUCAUUUAGUAUUCUAUUAUUGAUUUCUUUAGCAAGGUAGCUCUCAAAUGAGUGUAAUUUAAUAAGACAACGAUACAUCUGCAUAAGUUAUUAUCCCUCUCUAGUUUACAUUAAUGAAUAUUAAUGUGAAAUAUGUUGUUUAAUCAGUGUAUUAGUAGAAUUAGGUGAUUUUUUUAGAGGAAGGUUCCAUGGUCAAUGUACCGCUGUUUGGCAAACAUAUUUAAAUUAAAAAGAUAGUCGCAUAUAGUUCAUCUCUGACAAGACUUUAUAUCUCUCACAAGACUGCUCAGUUUUUUAAAAUUAAUUUUAGUCCUGAAUAAACAGAUUCAAUUCUGCUACUAAAAACACUUAUGCACUGUAAAAAUAAUUUAAUUGACUCAUUCAUUCAUCUAGUAUCAUUUAAUUUAUAUUAUUUAGUGCAUACUGAAACAAACCUAAAUGAUUCAAUUCAAAUUCUGAGCACAUGUUUCUAUUGAUCAAAUCAACAUGUAGGCCUAUACUAUUCUAAUUUUUAAACACUUCCAUCACUUAACAGAAUACACUCAUUAGAUCAACUAAAGUUUGGCUUUUGGUGUUGGCAAUGGCUGUGGAUAUGGUCUCACUUCAACUUCAACACUUCUUUUACUUUUUUAAUAAAUUCAAAACCUGCUAUUUGAUGAUAAUAAAACCGAUAAUAGCUAGUUAUAACUGCUUGGUCAUCCUGGUUCCUUACUGACUGAGUUACAUUAAGAUAUGAAACAGUAUAACAAAAAUUCAUAAUCUAUUUCACAUAUGACAAGAAGUUCUUAAGAGCUAUUGGUAUUUCCCCAAAAAUAAUGCUUCUUUCGUUUAUGAUAAUAACCUACGUUCAUUUUCAAGUUAGUUUUGCAUCUCAAAUAAUAGUUUGAUAUAUUUUUCAACAGUUAUUGAACUCAGUAUGAGCGUGAGUAAUCGCGUAUGAGAGUACAAAGUAAUCAAACACCAUGACAUGCAACUGUGAUAUAAAUGUUUGUGUCUAAUAUAGUAUGUUGUUAAGUUAGUAGGUAAAAGAAGUGAACUCAGCAAACCCAGCUAAUUGUUCUCGCUAGUGUAUCGACUGAGCUUGCCUGUGAUUUUUUAACAAGCUGUGCCCUUUUUAUAAAUCAGAACCUCGGUUCUGGUUUAAUGUUUGUAUGUAUUUGUUCAAGUUUUUUGUUUCUUGUUCUGCUGAAAUCAUUUUAUUAGGGGUACACAAAGUGGCCAUAAGUUAGAAUAGUUGACCAUUUAUAUUUAUUGAUAAAAUGCUAUGUUUGUGUAGAUGAGCGAUUGUUUAAAAAUUGUGAAUGCAUGUGCAUUAAAGGACACUCAGUAUUUCUAAAAUGCAGAAUGAGAUAAUCUAUGAAGCAAUAUUUGAAUGUGACGUUAGCUUGAAUAUUCUUUUAUAGCAAUGUUAUAGAAAUAUAGAGUAUGAAUUUUAUAGACCUACGAUUAGUGUUUGUUAUAGAUUUGACUCAAUCCGACAAAAGUGGUCAAUCUAGAUAGAAACUCAGUUAUUAAAUCAUUAGUGACCUGUAGUUCUUCAUUAGGUAUGUAACACCAAAAAACGUUCUUAUAAAAUGAAUUAAAUUAAAUUUAUUAGGAAAUUUUAAUCAAAUGAAAACAUGUUUUUAAGAUUGAGAGUUAUGGAGACUUACUCUAUUAUUGUUGUUCUAGUAACCUAGUAGGAUGUACUACUGUACUACUGGUAGUGGGAGGUAUUCAUUGGAAUUUAUUUCAAUUAAGGCACCAGUGCAGUUUUACAAUUUGCCUUUAAAACACCAAACAUAUAAAAUAAUAGAAAUCACUAUUAAUUAUCAAGAUGAGUCAUUAUUAGUGUGAUAUUAAUUCACGAGCUCUGAUUUUUUUUUCUUAUCUUGAAGUGUUUGCUAGACAGCUCUGACUUUUUUAUCAACUGAAAUCAAUGAUUGGUGGUGAAAAUUCCAUUCAUUCAGUUGAAAUAUAAUUUCUCCCAAACCCCGGAGCUAUGUAAUAUCACAAGUACUGAUGGAGAUGUUAUUUGUUAUUUUUAAUGAAAAAAUGUUGAAAGUAGAAGUAUAAUUAACUAAUUCAAUAGUAUCGUUCGAAUGAUGUCAUCCCACGUAUUUCAAGUUUUUAACAUACCGUUAUUGGAAUUUUAUAGUUCGAUCUCAAUAAUCAUCAUAUUCAAGCAUUGUAGCUGCAUUUUAGUGCAUACUAUCGGUUAUUGUCAAUAUAAUUAAUCUUCAACAUCAGUUUAUAUUAUGACAGAAUUAGAAUGUGAUACAAAUCUAUUCCUUUCUAGGUGUGUUAGAUUAGCGUUCUACUGCUGAGUUUUACGCACCCGAUAUUACACAAACUAUAAGAAUUUUUUGUCUAUCAGCUCAUUAAAAUAAAAUCUAAAAAAAUAUUUUAAUUAGCUGACUGGGAUGAAUAGUUGAAUACCGAAACGUUUGUGUGUAAUCUCGGUUGUCUCGUCAACUCGCGACGAGCUGCGAAAAAGCAGCAUUGGAACGUUUCUAGGACAACUCACAAUAUUAAUUGAUUUACUUGAAGCAUUACUGACCCAUUUGACUGUAUUAUGCAACUGAUGAACUCCGUCAAAUUGUGUGGUCUAUGUUACGGGUCAAAUUGCCUUUUAUAUAAAUGAAUACCAUCUUUUUAAACAUAGAUUAAUCAAAUAUUAAUCUGUGAAUUGGAAGAAGUUAGCUGAUGAAGAUAUAAGAUCGCAUAUACUACUAUUGUAUGAAGGAAAUUACGUUAUGUAAUGUAUGCGAAUGUGUCUGUGUCCUGAUGAUUUUUAAAAUGUAUGCGCGAGUUCAAGUUGGUUAUGAUAGAUUUAGUGAAUCAAUUUCAUAUUCCUUAUUGAAACUGUAACAUGAGUGAAAGAUCUCAUCUAAUAUUAGAACAUAUAAAACAUCUCAAUCGUGAGUUUGUCAAUUGUUAUGUUUUAUUUGCAUUUCCUGGUAAAAA